AUAGAAGAUCUGGACAGCCUUCUUGACCUGGUUGCGAGAAUUUCAGAUUACGACGAGCCUCAAGUCCUCAAAAUUCUCGAGCGCCUUGACUCAUUCGACUACAGGAAGCAGUCUAAGUCUCAACCGAGAGACCCAGUAGCUUGUGCACUGUGGAACAGACCGGAUUGCCAACGACGUCGGCGACUAGAGCUCAAGGGU